CGUUUUGUAUUUAUUUAUUGUUGCGUCAUUGUUAUGUCAUGCCAUGCACGUUUGUCCUGUGGGUCAUGUGAUGGUGAUGAAAAGAUCAAGUAUCUCCUCAGCUUACUCUUUGCUGUUUUGUGUUUGAGCUGUUGUUUUUACACAUGCCCCAUAUGAAGGGGGAAAAAAGCUGGGCAUCAUGUUGUUUUAUGACUGCGACUAGUCGAAGCACUCUAGGGCCAGAUUCGAUUGCGCUUCCCUUGCCAUCCAUUUUGUUGGUUCACAUUCUGCCAAGUCUGAGGCGACCCAUUUGCUUUUUGUCGCUGGUAUCGGGAUACUUGUUUUCUCGUUCUUCACGCCUUGAACGCUGUCCUCCGUCUUUCUUCACUGUGUUUACAUUAUUCACAAGCGUUGAUUUUCUCAUCCAUGUGACCUAACCCUGCGCUCUGGUUUUAAGGUUCACACACAAGAUGAGUUUCAAGCUACUGGCCUUACAAUAGCGAAUUGUUCAAGGCUGUCUGCUAUUCCAAGAACCUAGAAGAAAAGACCUAAAGCUUGUUUUUGUACUCGCUGUAGUCUUAUUAUUCUCAAAGCGCCAUUGGCUACGUUGGUGUGCUCAUUCUUGAAAGAGGAAGUAAAUCUGCACCCCCCCCCCAACCCCCCACCUCUGAUGGCAACACUGGUUGACCUCUGAGUGAAAAAUGUAGUUGGAAGAGUUCUUGUAUAUGUACCGAUCAGAGGCGAUUUCCAAUGUUUUCUGUCAGAUAUUGCAAGCAGACCGUAGUGUUGGUGGAUGUCCGUCUUGUGAUCUGACAAGAAAAUGGCAACACCGCGGAGGUGCAAAAGUGUCUGAUGGAGCAAUCCAAACCUGCCAGCCCUCCUUGCCUCCCGCCUUGCUCUCUGCUCUUCUCUAUCAACCCCUCUCCCUCCAUCCCGCAGGUUUGGCCAGUUCGAUUCUUUCGACUCGCUCUCCUCCUCCUCCCGAGAUCUCUUCAGAUCCGGUGGCGGUAGCUAUGGCUGUGAUGAUGGCCGUGGCGACAACAUGCUGUUGGGCCAGCGAGGAGGCUCGGGCUUCGGGGGGGGCAUGGGGCAAGGAGGGGGAGGCGGCUUCAACAGCCUCUCCUCUUCCUAUGGAGUCGCUAAAAUGCGACAGAAUAUGAGGGAGUCCUUCACCAGUGGCUCUGGUGGGGGAGGAUGGGUCGGAGCAGGCCGUCAUUCCCCCAGAAGGGGUGGAGGCGCUGGAGGUCGAGGAUCUGGCGGAGGGUUUGGGGGCUACAGGUCAGAGCCCAUGCCAUUUGGCGGAGGUGGCCGGGGAAGCGGUCCCUCCCCAGGGGGUGGUCGAGGCAAGCUCCCAUCCCUCCUGUCCAACCGCAUGUACUCAGAGGGUGGAGGUUUCCACCAGGGUCCCUCCCAAGGGCCCCACGACUUUCCCGGGAGGCAUUUUGGAGGGGGCCCGAGGGCUGGCCGCCAGCGAGGCCGCAAGAGACCCCUCAACAAACAGGUAAGACCACCAAAUGAUGUCCAGAAGAAGAGAAAGCAGAUGCUCACUCCCGCAGAUGAGCCAGAGUCUAAAAUGAACAGGACUGAAAGCGCAGAUGCUGGCGCUUCCGAGGAGAAAGAGGAGAAAAAUAGCGACAACAGCGAGACGACUGCAGCUGCGGAGACUACUGAUGGAACGUCAGGUGCAGCGAAACAGGACGAUGGCACCGAGAAGGCGGCGCCUCAGGAAAUACAGCCUCCUCCCCGAGCCCCGGGCAAAUCUGCAAAAAUGAAAAAGAAGAGGGGCUUUCAGGAUAGGGUGAUGUUUGCGUGCUCUGUGUGCAAGUUCAAAUCAUUCUACAAGGAUGAUAUGGAACGACAUCUGGAGAGUCGCUUCCACAAAGACCACUUGAAGUUCCUCUCGGGCCAACUCUCCAAGCCAACCACAGACUUCCUCGAGGAGUACUUGCUGAAUAAGUUCAGGAAAAUGGACCAAAUCGUCAAGCAGAUGGAACACCACAGCGCUGCCCUCUGCCAGAUGUACAGAGAUCAGGACCUCACGAAGGAUCUUGGCAUGGAGCACUUCAUGAAGAAAGUGGAAGCUGCACACUGCAGCGCAUGUGACAUUUUCAUCCCCAUGGAGCUUCACAUGAUUCAGAAACACAUCAAAUGCCCUGACCAUAACUAUAAUCGCAAGGGAAUGAUGGAGCAGUCGAAGAAAUCCAGCCUGUCGGUUGCACGCAGCAUUCUCAACCACAAAGUCAUUGGAAAAAAGCUGGAGAGCUACCUCAAGGGAGAAAAUCCAUUUACUGGUAACCCCCAGGGCCAGGAGGCAUCCGAUUCCAUGGUGGUGGACGCAACAGAGGGACAGAAGGAAUCCGUCAUUGCCGAGGAAGGCACCCAAGCCGUCGAGGCAGCCGCGCAGCAGGAGACCGAGGUGGAGGCAGCCAAGGAAGUAAAGAUGGCGGCAGAGGAGGAGGAAGAGGAGCGGGAGGAGAGAGAGAAGGAGGCAUUCAUGGAGAGCGCCGAGGAGGAGCAGGAGAACCUGGAGCACCAGGAGGGUGAAGAAGAAUUUGAAGUGGCAGAGGAUGAAGAAGACGACGAAGAGGGAUACGUGGUCCACGAUGAAAUUGAUGAAGAGGAGGGAGCAGAGGUGGCCGCUGCCGUUGAAGAAGACGAGCAUAAAGAAUGAACUUUUGUCCCUGGUGAACGGAGCAGACACAUGACAAACAAUGAAAUAUGUAACCCUUACAAAUUUCACUUUAUUCCACCUAAAUGUCUGUGUUUAUACUUUGGUGUAAUAGUCAGAAAAUGCAUUUAGAACAUGGCAGUUUGAUACCAAUCCGAAGACAACCAUCGCAAAAUGUGUUUAUUGCUUUUCAAUAUUUUGUGUGGCUUUUUGUUCAAGCUAUUGUUCAUUUAUAUUACACUGUCGAAUUGUUUCAAGGCACUUUGUAUUAUACGAUUUUGUCAGCCUAAAAAUUGCGUUCUGCCCAUUACGGAUGUAUUUUUUUUCCCACUUCCAACUGAGUGGUGGAUUGUUUUGUUCUACUUAAAGCAGUUGUGAAUUGAACAAUUGCCAUGUUUCUUCACUAUUAAUGUAACUUCUAGUGUCAUGAAUAAACUUGAGUCAACAACCCUUUCA